UAAGACAAAGUUUACAUGUACCGAAUUUGCAUGUGACAGUAGCAGCCGAUUUUGGUUUAGUAACAUGUCUCAAAUGGUUGCCUGAUCGUCCAACAAUCAAUGAUCCCUAUUUAAGUUAUUUAGCUAUUUGUACACAAUAUUGA